AUUUGAGAAGUGCCGGCAUUGGGGAAAAAAGUCCAUUUUGACUUUUCCUGCCAUCACAAUGGCCAUCAAUGAACCAAUAUAAAUCGUUGGACUUGGUUUAAUAAGUUUGAUCUCAGUUUGCAUCCGUUUUUGGAUGUUUUGCAGAUUAUCACUGCACCUUUUAUAAUAGCUCCACAGCCGUGAGACAAGCCACCGCGCCGGACCAAGAGACCAAGGCCGCAUUUCAUCAUGACCGGCGCCGCCUCUCCGCCCGCCCUCGGGCCGGAGGAAAAAGAAAAGGACUCCUCCGUGCCAAGCACCGACGACACGGCGUCCUCCAUUCACAACAACACCAACCCCGACCCAUCACCACCAUCAUCACCAUCACAACCCAAACCCGAUGGCCCCCAACCCACCACCACCGCCCCCUCCUCCCAGGGAGGGAACGGCGACGAAAAGGCAGAGGACCCAACCACCACCGACUCCCCCACACCCCCCGCCCCGGAGGAAACCCGCACCCAGCUCCAAACAACCAUGAUCAUCCUGGCCCUCGCCUCCGCCCUCUUCCUCGCCGCCCUCGACGUCACCAUCGUCACCGUCGCGGUCCCCACCAUCGCCCAGGAGUUCCAGAGCACCGCCGGCUACACCUGGAUCGGCUCCGCCUACAUGCUGGCCACCGCCGCCGCCGCGCCCAUGUGGGGCAAGAUCUCGGAUAUCUGGGGCCGCAAGCCGAUUAUGCUGAUUGCGGUCGCGGUGUUUUGGGUCGGGUCGCUGUUGAGUGCGGUGAGCGUGAAUAUGGGGAUGCUGAUUGUGGCGAGGGCGGUGCAGGGUGUGGGUGGUGGGGGGAUUGUGAUUUUGGUGAAUGUGUGUAUUAGUGAUUUGUUUUCGAUGCGGAAGAGGGGGGUUUACUUCGGUGUCAUGGGCAUGGUGUGGGCGGUGGCUUCGGCCGUGGGACCGGUCCUCGGCGGGGUGUUCACCAGCGAGGUGACGUGGCGUUGGUGUUUCUACAUCAACCUGCCUAUUUCUGGCGUCGGCAUGGCCAUACUGGCGUUCGUGCUUAAGCUGCACAACCCGCGCACGCCCAUGCGGGAGGGCCUGGCGGCCGUCGACUGGCUCGGGUCGGUGACUGUCGUUGGUGCCACCCUGAUGGUCUUGCUCGGGCUCGAGCUCGGCGGUGUGACCUACCCCUGGAGCUCGCCGACCGUCGUGUGCUUGAUCGUCUUCGGUUUCGUCACCGCGGGCCUGUUCAUCCUCGUCGAGUGGAAGUUCGCCGAGUUCCCGCUGGUGCCCAUGUACCUCUUCAGCAACCUGACCAGCGCCGCGUCUCUCGGAGUCGGAGCGCUGCAGGGCUUCGUCUUCCUAUCGGGCAGCUACUACUUGCCGCUCUACCUCCAGGCCGUCCUCGGGGCGUCACCGCUGAUGUCGGGAGUGUACAUCCUCCCGUGGGUCAUGUCCCUCUCCCUCGUCUCGGCUGGUACGGGCAUCGUGAUCAAGAAGACGGGCAAGUACCUGCCCUGUAUCAUCUUCGGCAUGGCCGUCAUGACGCUCGGCUUCGGUCUCUUCAUCGACCUCGAGCCGCGCGCGAACUGGGCCAAGAUCAUCAUCUACCAGCUUGUUGCUGGCAUCGGAGUUGGCCCGAACUUCCAGGCUCCUCUCAUCGCCCUUCAGACGACCGUCCAGGCUCGCGACAUGGCCUCCGCCACGGGAACAUUUGCCUUUGUUCGGCAGCUGUUCGCCUCUAUUUCCAUCGUCAUUGGCGGCGUCGUGUUCCAGAACGGCAUGGAGAAGCAGUAUCCUCGGCUGCGGGAGCAGCUUGGGCCAGAGGCUGCGAACUUAUUCUCCGGCAGCAACGCCGCGUCUAGCGUCGGCCUCGUCAAAGACCUCCCCGAGAACCAGCAGCAGAUUGCCAGAGAGGCCUAUUUCGAGAGCUUGCGGACCAUGUACAUCAUGUACGUUGCGUUUGCUGGGUUGGGCUUGUUGGUCUCCUUCCUUGUGGGCUCGCGGCAGCUCAGCAAGGAUCAUACCGAAACCAAGACGGGUUUGGACAACCUCAAGCAGUCAAACCAGGACCGCCUAGACAAGGUGGCAAACGGCAAGGUGAAGGAUGAAGAGAAGGGAGAGUCUGCCGAUGUCUCUGGAAGUUCUGAGGGGGAAAAGAAGGAGGGACCGCGCAAUGGUGCGGAGGGUGAAGCUGUCACGAGGUAGUACCCGAGAUACUUUGUCAAUCUCCAGCGCCAUGAGCUGUUUCCGUCCAGACCAUUCUCCGUCCC